AUGAAGGACAUUAUCACGGAGACGCUGAAUCUCGUCGACAUAUCCAUUCGUGAUAGUGAUAAUCAUCCUGAAGGAGGAGUAGAAACAGCAGGCGCCUACCGCGUAGAAAGCGCUAUCCAGGAUGUUUUAGAUAAAACCCUUGAUCGGCUGAUGCACGUUGAAAAACGAGCUAGUAUAGCAGAAGCAGAGAAUAACCUUAUGAGGCAGGAGCAUGAACGCCUUGCUGCGCACCAAAGGCAACAAGAUAAUCUUUUAGAAAACAUUCAAAGGCUCUACCGGGAGGCACGCGACUGCUCAGACAGAAACGCUGCUUCAGCCAAGGAGUGGCGUGCCCGAGCCCAUGAACUCGAGGCAGAGCUUGCUACGAAGAAAAGCAUUUCUGGUGAUCAGGAAAAAAUCAUGCAGAGACUCCGGGCUUUAUACAUUAGAUAUACAGAGCUAGCGGCUCGCAUGAAAGAGCGGGACACUGAGCUCCGAACACAAGAUGAACUCCACAAGGCUGAACUAAUGACUCAGAAGAGCCUGGCAGCCGAACGGAUCAAAACCCUGGAGCAGGAAAUCUCAGCACUUAAGCGGCAAAUAGAACUGCUAAAGAAGCUGGAGAGAUCACCGGGAGGCUCGGUGUUGGACCGCCACGGUAAUCAUCUUCAGAGGCCUCAGACUCCACCGCUCUCGUUGGCUCGGGACCGUUCUCUUCGCGAGGACUCAGAUCAGGGCGUCGGCACUAUUUUUGUACGCAAACCUCUCCUGCAAGCAGAACAGCCGCAGCAAUCAGAUAGGACCAUAGGAAGCGGAAGCGUGGGGAGCAGCAGCGUUGUGGAUGAUAUUGACUUACAAACUAUACAGAAGAUUCAAGAGACCAUGGACAAACACUAUCCUCACAGCUAUUCUCGCAAAAAUACAGUCCAUUCAGGGAUACCAUCAUCAUCUCAGCGGCUUAGACCGCAUUCAUCAGACCUAUCUACACGACCCAAGAUAAAGCCCAGUGGUUAUCAAGCACAAGAGGAUGGAGUGGCAUACAGACCUAAGAAACACGCACGGAGCCUUCAAGAACAGUAUGAGCGGCCAAAACACAUUCAAUCUUUAUUAAAAAGCACAUCUGUGUAUGACCUGGUUGAGCCGAGCACCAAUACCACUCGGGUAUUUCCGUCGGAAUCAAGCGUCCAGGAACAGGAUUUAGGAUACACGAGAACAUACGAUAAAUCCCCUGAUAUUCAGGAGAGUAGACUAGAGGAUGAGACAGACCUGCAAAAAAGUAAGGCGCAUUCUAUUCUGACUGGCUUAUUUCAGUAUUUGAAGCAAACAGAAGAGCAAAUGAUGGCAACUGAUACCAAGCAGGCAUAA